UUCGACAGAACUGCAAGCAUGCUAAGGGGUAGCCUAGGUUACUGAAUCCUUCCCACCUUUCGAUCUCUACCUACAGUCUGAAAAGCUAUAGGCCUGCAAUAGAUAUAUUGUGCUUAUCAGGCUUGUCUCUCAAAAGAGGCAGCCUUGAAAUGAUCACCUGUCUUUAUUGUUCAAACAAACCCCCUUUCCUCUAUAUACCGUGUUUCCAAGCCACUUUUAGUGUUUUCAUAUCGAUUUUUGAUGUGCAUAAAACCAGAUUUGUCACUGUUGCACAACUGAGAGAUCCUUUAAAAAAACAAGUGUGGGGAUGAAGUCUUGCAUAUGAAAUGUCUUUGCAUAUUGCUGGAUGAAAAGUAUAUAAAAAUCAGGCUCCUGCAAGCAUACAGCGCUUUAUAGGCAAAUGUUGUUUCACAGAAAGUGGACUCUCGAGACUCACCUCUGCAUCUGAUUCUUUUCUUUGGAGGGCCGGUUGUAUCAAAGUUUAAUCUUACGCAACUCUUUCCUGUUGGGGUUCCCAGUUCUGUUUAGAUACACACACAACUUUGAACCGGAGUGGAGAAUCUGAAAUUCCAAGCAAUGCCAAUAACUUGACUCUUAACUUCCUAUUCACACUCAUCCAUCUUUGUGUCCUGGCCCUAAUCUGUGGAAGGGAGAUAUAGGUUGGGUUCACCUUUGCCUCCAGAGAGCCUGGAUGUAGAUUUGGUGAUGCCUGACUCUUCCCUGUUACACCAGCCUCAGGGCUUUAGUCAGGCAUAAGGAAUCUUUUUUAUGCUGAGGGCCACAUUCUUUAAAGGCUAAUCUGUUGGGGGCCACAUACAGGGCCACUCUAUUUUGGCUCUCUCUUUUCUCUUUUACUGCUACAUUCUCUCUCUCCUUCCCUACGCAGCAGGCUGCGUGUUGAGGGACAGGUUGCUUUUGUCAGGAGUCUUAUUCCUUGCAUAGGACUUUGUCCCCCUCUUUCUAGCCCCCCACGGCUCCCCUCUCCUCUCCCUAAGGGGUCUCUGCUCCUGUGUGCACUAGCACUGCAUACAAAUUGUAGUUUUGAAGCACAUUCAAAACACAUUCUUUCCCUCAAGGAAUUCUGGGCACUGUUGUUUGGCCUUCACAGCAUUACAAUUCCUAGCAACCUUUAGCAAACUGCAGUGCCCAGGGUUCUUUGAGGGGAGGGACUGUGUUUUGAGUGUGCUUUAAAGGUAUAGUGUGGGCACAGCCUAAAUUGGGCUGAGGGCCACAGGUUGCCCACCUCUAGCUUAAGCAGAUCAAUAACGCCCCAGCUGUACCUUACCAUUGGUAGAAUAUGUCCACAGGUCCUCCACAGCAAUGUGUGGGACUCUCAGUAGAGGGACUGUACAGCUGCUUGCCAUUCCUUAACCACCUUCACUCAGUGUGCUAAAACUUGAGGGGAAAAUAGCCCGCAGACAAUGGGUGGCAAGCAAGCACUCUUGCACUUUAUCUGCAAAAUAGGGGGUGCUUCCACGCACACCAGAGCAUUGUGCUGCAGUGUUCUGUGCUGCAUAGGCUGCUGCCCUGGCGGCACCUGCUGCAACAAGCUCAUGCGAGAGAGGGUUGGCCCUGCCAUGCAGCAAUGUGAAGUGGUCAGCUUUGUGUUGAUGUUUUGCACUGACACUGGCAAGAAACGAAAAGUUAUCACUCAAAGAAAUGAAAAUCUUUAAAGGUUCUGAGGAGAGGCUGCAGGUAAAGAAAACUUGAAGUGGAACAAAGCCCUGUUGGUCUCCAGGGGCUUGGAGGGCCUUGAAAGCUGUGGCAUUGGGGCUUUGGAUCGAGUAUGCUUGUUAGGCUUAGUUUAGCGUCCAUUCAGUUACUGAAGAGGACCAUAUAGAAAGCCAUGUGCAUCUAACUGCAAGUCUCCAGACCCAGGUUAAGUUGAUCAACCCCGGUUUAUGAAGCCUGGAUGUGCCCCCUGUUGGGUUAUGCUGUGGACCAGGCAUCCCCAAACUUCGGCCCUCCAGAUGUUUUGGACUGCAGUUCCCAUCUUCCUUGACCACUGGUCCUGUUAGCUUGGGAUCAUGGGAGUUGUAGGCCAAAACAUCUGGAGGGCCGAAGUUUGGGGAUGCCUGCUGUGGACUCUCUGAACGUGUGACGCAAGUCUUAGAGCUCUUACUUUGCAGCUGUCCUUGGUCUCUCUGCCUUGUGACUCUGACAGUUCAAGAACUGCUGAAAAGCUACCAACAAUGAGCCUAUUCUCCAGAGCUCAAGAGGGCAACAAAGCCCUUUAGAGGUGUCCUGCUAACGCCAUAGUGUGUGCUUGUGGCGAGAGUGGUAUGUGCAGUCUGGGCUUGGUACAUCUCUCAUUCAUUUGGGCAAGUGACUCUUGAAAGGGUCAUCGGGGGCUAAGCUGCACCAUCAUGUUUGCUCCUCUUGGGUUCUCUCCAACUGUACAACUGCUGAAUGCCACCCAGUCAUAAAUACUACAGCAAUGCCAGGCUUUUGUUUCUGUUGCUCGUCUUCAACAUUGGCAAAACAAGCAAUAUUCAUCCCAGGUUGGGUCUGCUCUCUGGAGCUGAGAUUCCUAACAGGGUCAUUUUGUUCAACUGUGAAUUCUUCUACCAACUGAAAAGAAUCUUGAUUUGAGUAAUCGUAGAUAGAAGUUGUUGGUUGCUAUAACAACACGAGCAUAUCUAUUUGGGUGCUCACAUGAUCCCUGUUCCAGUUUCUAAAUAUAAGCCCAAUCUCACACGGUAUAUCUGAUGCCAUGGAAACCAAAUGUUCUGUAAAGAUGCAAGGAAGAACCAAAAUUUCAGCAACAUGAACAUUUGAGGGUGAUUGAUUGGGGGCUGGGGGUGGGGAGAGCUGGUCAUUGCCACAAUCAUAAACUGCAUGGUACAUACAGGGCUGCCCAUGGUUUGGGCAUUCGUGUUGCAUUAACACACUUUUCACGAUGUUGUUGUAUAAUUUCCAAGUGUUUAUCUUUUCUCCUGACCUGACCAGUAUGCUAUUUCAUAUGGAAUCAGAUAAUUCUGGAUUUAUGUGCUUCAGGGAUGGGAAACCUGCUUCCUCCUAGACAUUUCAGACUCUCAUCAGCCACAACUAGCAUAGCCAUUGGGGUAUGAUGGGAGUCUAACAGGCCACAGGUUUUCCAGGACAGCAGCUCUCCAAGUGCAAAAGGCCUUUCUUUUGCAUUCCUGGUCCCUGAGGCCCUUUCUUCAAGGGGGAUGCUGGGAACUGAAGUUUGGAUCUUCUACAUACAGAGCACAUGUUCUGUCUCUGUCCUGUGGUCCUGCUCAACCCAUUCAGGCACUUGGAAUUAUAGGCUGCGAAGGAACUAGGUCAUUUAGUGCAGCUGUUUGACCUGUUUCCAUUUUCCAACAUCUCUUAGCAGCGCAGCCUGUGUCAGCUACAUUGAACCGUGCCAAAGAGAGGAAGUUAAACGGAACCAGCUUUAUCAGGCUAGAAUUCUCUGGAAGACAGUAACAAGUUAUAUGUAAUAAAAAAUAUGCUCAAGGUUUGCAGUCAUUGUUUUGCUGGUAAAUUGCAGCUAACACAACCAUGCACGAUUUUGAAAGGUGUUACAUUUGUCUGUGGCCUGUUUUGUAACAUUGUUUUCUUUUUUUUAAAAAAGUUGCCUGUUACAAUGACUCAUAUUUUGCUUUUAUUGUGCUGCUGUUAUUGUAUAUAUCAGGCACCCCCAAACUGCAGCCUUCCAGAUGUUUUGGCCUACAACUCCCAUGAUCCCUAGAUAACAGGACCAGUGGUCAGGGAUGAUGGGAAUUGUAGCCCAAAACAUCUGGAGGACCAAAGUUUGGGGAUGCCCGGUAUAUACAGUAAUACCUCUGCGAACGUCCACCUUGUAUAGCGUCCAUUCCAGUGAACGUCUGCUGAAAACCCAGAAGUUCUGGAACGGGUUACUUCCGGGUUUGUGACUCUUGCAUGUGCAUAAGCACAAACUGCUCUGCGACACGGCGCUUUGCCCUCCGUCCUUUUCGGCUAGCAGCCGGGGCUCCGGAAUGGAUCCCGGCCACAAAACGGGGUACGACUGUACCAGCCAGAGAUCUGUCUGCAUCAGAGGUAGCCAACCAUCAGAAGUUACCUGCAAUCUAUAUAUAUAUAAUAUGCCCCUCCCUUCCUCCCAAAGGAGCCCAGGAUGGUAAACACCAGAAUUUUGAAAUUAUGCAAUUUAAAAUAAGCAUAUCUGUUUUGAAAUGUUUUAAUCUAAAAACAUUUAAAAGCAAUCACCUUCACAGUUAGCUAAUUUACUUCAGGAUCUGGACUUGCUAGUGAAUAGUGCAAACUGUACCCCCUUUGCACGAAUAACUGUGUCAAGUGCGCAGAUGUUUCCUCAUCAGGGUCCCUCUUUUUCUUGUGGGGGUUUCCUGCAGUUUGUAAAUGAGAAGUGGUUUUCUCUGUUGAGUAAGGCUUGAACUUUCGCCAUGGACAUGCAUCCUAUUCAGGAUGGGUCAGGAAGUCAUGUGCUGCUGUCUUAUGUUUCCGCAGGCAGCAUAAAUCUGCGGCGUCAGCUUGUGCAGCCCUAGGCAUCUCCAUAGGUUCACAGAUGGACCACAUUCACAGUUUAGCUCAGCCAGACAGUGGCUGUGUGGAAAGAUGUAUUAUACUUUAAUGAGAGCUGUGUGUGUGUGUGUGUGUGUUUGGGUGUGUCCAUGAUUCUCACUAAAGUGUUAGCUUUGCUAGGAAGAGCUAGAAUUCAGUGUUUAAAAACUCUGGGCCAAUAUAAUUCUCAUCUAUUAGACCAACAUAAUUAGAUCUCCUUAAUGUUAAUCAUUAAAAUUACAAUUCAGAAUGACUCCUUUCUGGAUGUCGAUUUUGCAGAGGUUAGGAAGGGCAAAUCAGAUGCUAGGAAUGCUGGAAGUAGUUAGGGGUAUAUAAAAGAAGGUGGGCAGGCACUGAGGUUCUCAGAAGCCAAGCUGUAUAUAGUUUAUACCAUUGAAAGUCCAGUCCAGACUUCACUUGUGUGUGAGACAAUCCUCACAUCAAGCUUUUCCCUGGAAGAUCUAAAGGCUCAAACCAGAGUGUAAUGGGGAAGGCAUUCCACUGGGUACCCUGGUCCCAAAUUGUUUAGGGCUUUAUAUACCAGCAAUACUGGGUCUAUACUGGGACGCAGGUGGCGCUGUGGGUUAAACCACUGAGCCUAGGGCUUGCCGAUCAGAAGGUUGGUGGUUCGAAUCCCUGCGACGGGGUGAGCUCCCGUUGCUCGGUCCCAGCUCCUGCCCACCUAGCAGUUCGAAAGCACGUCAAAGUGCAAGUAGAUAAAUAGGUACCACUCCGGCGGGGAGGUAAACGGCAUUUCCGUGUGCUUCUCUGGUUCACCAGAAGCGGCUUUGUCAUGCUGGCCACAUGACCCGGAAGCUGUACGCCGGCUCCCUCGGCCAAUAACGCGAGAUAAGCGCCCCAACCCCAGAGUCAGUCACGACUGGGCCUAAUGGUCAGGGGUCCCUUUACCUUUACCUUUAAUUUAUGAAGGGAAUGGUUGAACCAGCCAUGUGAUACUGCCAGCAUCGUUGCUAUUAGAAAUUCCAGACAUCACUCAGUUUGUAAAAAAUGUCACAGCCAAUAUGUUUAUUGGGGUCCCUUUACCUUUCCCUAUACCAGUAAUAAAACCAUGAACAUUGCUGGGCCACUGACAAACAACUAAUGCAGUUCUUUCAACAUAAGGCAUGGGUGAGCAUCCCUAGGGUCACCACUGAGCACCCUGGCUGAUGUGUUCUAUACUAGCUACAGCUUCCGGACUUAGCACAGGGGAAAGCCCACAUACAGAGCAUCAUGGUGGUCUAACUAGGAGGUUGCAAAUGUAUGGACCGCAGUAGUCAGGCUAUUCAUUUUUUUCUUAGAUUUAUAUCCCACCUGGACAAUCCAAGGCAGUGCUCAUGUGGUUCUCAGGCCAUCACCCAUCCAGGCACUGGCCAGAGCUACAUAAACCAACCCUGCGUCAAAUAUUCUCCAAACACGUUCACAUGGAAUUGGGGCAUUUGGCAGGGCUGAAACGGUUCCUUGCAUCCUCCCCUACGUUGAACCUGUCCUCUGGUUUUCACCUCCACUCCCAGCAGCAGUUCUUGUGUCACUUUCCCCUGCUAGUGGCCUCCUCACAUUCCUGUGAUUGUAACACACUGCCAGUUCCUCUGCAGCAUGCACACAGCCAAUCGGAGCUGCCUAUGUAGUGACAUCACAAAGUCAAUUCAGAGUGAAUGUGGAAAGCUAUGCUCUCUGUUGAGAUGCUGGAGGGAAAGCUGUGGUGCAAACAUUCUUGUUCUCAGUCUUGCCCUGAGAAAAUGGUUAAAAGUGAAGCAUUUGUUUAUAGGGUGCUGGGGGUGUACAUGGGGAAAGAAGUGUUCUUUAGUUCAAAACUAAUAAGUACAGCUUGUCCUCUAUAUGCCAGAUCCCACGUCCUCACAGUGCCCAUUUGGCCAUGUGAGUUUAUGUUUCACUUUGUAGCCCUGAACACAAGCCGGGUCAAUCUUUGUACAAAGGGUUGGCUUGAUGUAAGUUCAAGGGAAAAGUUCCCCAGAGAGACAGAAAUAGGGGACAUGGGAGGCCAGAGAGGCUACGACUGAACCAAGGGAAGCUUGACAAAGCGGUCCUUGUUUGUCCUGUCUGUGCAUGAGGAGCAGUUGGUCAGUGGUACAGACCCUCGCUUUGUGCUCCCCAUCACCUACACAGACAUUUGAAAGCUGGCAGAGGAAAAGACUUUCCAGAAGCUUCACAUCUGGAAAGCUUCUAGAAUGGGUCCUUUUGAUUUCCAAAGAACAAAAUUGAGGGAAGGGAAGUGCUGAAGUGUUUGACACACACACACACACACACCCCUCUGACCCUUGCCCUUCCUCUGAGUUUUGAUACUGGACACUGGCUCAUUACUCACACACAAAGCAGAACAAGCAGUGGGUAAUUUCCUCACUCCAUCUCACAGAGGGAGAACUAGUUUGUGACCAGCUCCAGCUUGGGACUUAAUUUCUACAAAGGACUUGGGCAAAAUCACCAAUGAAACCUAGGAAGGUCAUACCUCAAGUCGGAGAAGACACUCAAAAUGGCCACCUCCCACCCGGCUGGCAGAGUUAUAUGUCUCCCCAGGGACGAAGGUACUACGUGAACACUUUCACCAAUGAGACUACUUGGGAGCGGCCAAGCAGUGUGCCCGGGACACCAAAGAGCCCUGUGACACAGAAGAACUCCUUGCCAACAGUGAAUGGGUAUCACAUACCAGGAACUUUGGUACCCCAACUAGAACCAAGCCACAUGAGUCUCCGCAAAGUCGGCAGUGACCCCCACCAUAGUCCUGGGUCCCCCUCACCUACUCGAAAGCAGAACAAGGAGACCACGUUCACGAUAAACUGUGUGACGUUCCCCCACCCUGACGCGAUGCCAGAACAGCAGUUGCUGAAACCUUCUGAAUGGAGCUACUGCGAUUAUUUCUGGACUGAUAAGAAGGAUCCUCAAGGAAACAGCACCGUCUCGGGAUUUGAAAUUCUUCUUCAGAAACAACUGAAAGGAAAGCAAAUGCAAAAGGAGAUGGCAGAAUUUAUUCGGGAAAGGAUAAAGAUUGAGGAAGAAUAUGCCAAGAACUUGUCCAAACUAUCACAAAACUCAUUGGCUGCCCAGGAAGAAGGGACGCUGGGAGAGUCUUGGUCUCAGCUGAAGAAAAGCUUGGCUGAUGAAGCAGAGGUUCACCUCAAGUUUUCCUCCAAGCUCCAGGCAGAGGUGGAGAAACCCCUUCUCAACUUCCGAGAAAACUUCAAAAAAGACAUGAAGAAGUAUGACCAUCACAUUGCUGACCUGAGGAAGCAGCUGGUUAGUCGGUAUGCAUCCGUGGAAAAGGCCCGAAAAGCAUUAUCGGAGAGGCAAAAGGAUUUAGAGAUGAAAACACAGCAGUUGGAGAUAAAACUUAGCAACAAGACAGAAGAGGAAAUUAAGAAGGCUAGGCGGAAGUCCACCCAAGCUGGAGAUGACCUCAUGCGCUGUGUGGAUCUGUAUAAUCAAGCCCAGUCAAAGUGGUUUGAAGAAAUGGUGACCACCUCUCUGGAGCUUGAGAGGCUAGAGGUGGAGAGAGUGGAGAUGAUUCGGCAGCACCUUUGUCAAUAUACACAGUUGCGGCACGAGACAGAUAUGUUCAACCAAAGCACAGUAGAACCCGUGGAUCAGUUGCUUCAGAAAGUGGAUCCAGCCAAAGACAGGGAACUGUGGGUAAAAGAACACAAAACCGGUAAUAUCAGACCCGUGGAUAUGGAGAUAUAGACUGCUGAUACUGGUUGUAAGUGGUGGGCUCCUUGUCCCAGCCAUGUUCGAGAGAGUUCUGUAAAGCCUCAGGAGUAGGGAAAAGAGAGACGUUCUGCUGUCAGCUUCCUUAUAUAUUUAUUAUUGCCUGUAGGGACUAUUUCUGUCAUGUUUGAUCAUUAUUUCAUUUCCUGUUGUGCUUUGCCUUAAACAUCGAACAUUCCAGGUUUGAGAAGCCACGCUUUAUACUUCCUUUCAAAAAAAUGGGCUGCCAGCAGCCAAGCAGUUGCCGCACUCGUGAUAAGCUGCAGGGGUUGUUUUCUGGUACAAAGAGAGUUUUGCUAUUCAGUUGUGAUUGACUAUCUCAUGCUACUGCCCUUGCAUGAUGCUCUGUUUGUACAGCAAUGCUAAGACACAAUAUGCCUCUGCCAAACAAACGAGACUGGUGAAUUUGAACAUGACUCUGGAAGGAGCGAGAUCUUCCUGAAUAUUGCCACUUAAUUGGAUGGGAAUGGGGAGGGGGGGGUUGAGGAAACCGCUCUUGUCCUCCCUUUACAAUUUAUAAAGCUAACCUACCUCACAGGGGUGUUGUGAGGAUAACAGUAAAGCCUGUACAAUAUGUAUUUUUUUAAACAAAUCCUGACUCCCAUGACUGUUGUGAGGCCAUCUGUGAAAUUGUGUCUUUUUCAGUACAAAAGAAAAUGAGGUAAUAGGUCUGGUGACCUUAUGAAAGGGUUGGUCCUUUUCUAUAAACCCUCUCAGGUACUCACUGACUGUAGUCCAAGGCACUUACUCUGAAUGGGUGGGAUUCAUCUAAUAAACCCUAUCAGUGGAUGCCCUGCAGAAGGGCUUCUGCUUUACAGCAAGGCUUCCCCCCCCCCAAUCUCCUCCUCCUGCACCCCCCAAAGUCUGGUUCUUGGGAGGCAAAAGGGCCCCCCAGAACAACACAGUGGGAGGGGGGGGAUUGUUCCAUCUGGCAAGCUGAUAUGCUUGUGUAGGCAGAACAUUUGUAAUAGCGUGACAAUGAAUCCCACCCAUGGUCUCCUUGACUUUGCCAGGGACAAUUCCUGAGGAAAUGUUCUGAGAAUUGCACACAUUUAUCAACACUCUCCAAAUGAAAAGGAUGUCCUCCAUUGAAUAGAUAAUAAGGCUAUAGUGAUUACGACCCUGAUGAUGUAGUCUUCAAAGAAAAUUUUGAAUGCUUCCCUUGAAAGAUUGUAGCCAAAUCAAAUUAAUUAAGGCAUUGCUUGAGCUUUAUUUUCCACCAAAUAACUUAGGAGUUUACAGACUAUAUAGAUGGCAGAACUUCCUAGCUAAUGUGUCUUACCUCAAACAUGAGUUACCCAAAAGGUGGAUUCAUCCAAUUGCUCUCUGGUUGCAUCACGCCACAGCAACAUUCAAGUAGGACCUGCUCUUUGGGGAGGAUUUAACAGGCCUUUGGCUCCUGAACUCCUCCAUCAUGGCAGCCGUUUUAAAACAAGGAAAUCAGUCUAUGUUAAAUCUUUUCAGGGAGUUCCAUGUAGCUCCCAACGUGCGGUGAUAGCCAAAAAUCAACACAAGUAAAUUAGAAACGAUUGUAUAAAUCCGGCCAAAUAUGCAUUCUGAAGCUAAUAUUCUGAAAUGCAGCUCUUUACAUGAAUGACGAUGGACCCAAUUGAUCCUGAGGUCCCAAAUGUCGAGAACUGUUGGAGAAGAACCACAGUGUUCUUUGUCCCUCUUUUUUCUUCAUUUGUCUUGUCUUGCCUUGGUAUUUAUAUAGAACAAAUAUUUCCCCUUUGAGUUUAUCAGAUCUCUUUUCAUUCCUCAUACUGCCAAGUGUUUUGUUUGAUCAGCUGUCAUAAGCAAAUGUGAGGAGCAGAUAGCCCUUUAUUUCCUUCCUGAGUAUUCCAAUAUUCUUUUUACUGGAAUGCGUAAGUCAGUACUACGACCAGAUUUCUCAUAAUCACUGAAUAAAUGUUUUUAUUUUUUGAAUGUUGCAGAUAAGUGGAGUUCCAUGAGCUCACUUUGGCCUGGGUGGGUUGAGGUGUAGGUGAGAGAGGAGACAUUUUGUUUUGUUUGGUGCUGUCAAGCAAACUCCCAAUAAGUUACAACACAGCUUCAGCUAAUUUGAUCAUUCUUGCAUAGUCUUCCCUUACUUUGCUUCCAGUGAAAUACCAUUUUUUCCUCUUUCUGUGUAACAUCAGGUUUCUAAUAGGAAACACAUUUCAUCUUUCCCUCCCAAGAAACUGACCAUCAAGGUUGCAAAAAGAACAAUUUAUCCUGUUGGUAUGUGUGGGGAAAUUGAGACUUGGACAGAUCCCAGCAUUAAAAAGAUUUCCAAGGCAUCCGUUCAAUUCUUUUUCCUGUUUUGAAAACCAGAGUCAUAUUUCCAUAUUCUGUGCAUCCUUCAACCAUUGUCUGGAGCAUCCCUCACUUGCCUUUUCCUGGCCUUCUCACUUGUCACUGUUUAGCAGUCUGCUCCCUGCAUGAUAUAGACCUUGUCCUCUCGUUUUCCUUCACGUGUGUUCUCAGGUAUCAGCCAACAUAAGUGAAACUGCCCACACAAAUUGUUAAAAAUAACACGCCAUCUCUCAAACUAUAUUUUAAGCCAUUGCUCCGUAAAUACUCAACAGCACCUGACUGAUUUUGUUCUCUUGUGUCUGCUGCUUUGCACCAAAUAAGAAUUGUCUCAUUUUUCUAUGUUCUGUAGUGACCUACCCAUUAUUCUCCAUCUCCAUGUUACUGGUGUCUUUCUUCUUUUUUUCUUCAGAGUCGGGGUAUCACACUGCACUCUGCUCUACCAAUUUUACUUUGAGGAGCCACCUCAUUUAAAGCAAGCUCUCCCAGACAUUGCUAAAGAUUAUAUACUGAUUUAGAAGUCUCUUUUUGUAAUGUGGCAGAUCUAUAAGGUAAUUGGUAAUAUGCUUGUGCUAGGUUUGUUUGUUUGUUUUACUAUUUUUGUAUACCAAAUUCCAUUUUUCUUCUGGGCUGAUACAGCCUGUUUGCACUUUAAAAUCUCUGUCUUGCACCAAGUGGCACCCAUUGAGUUCCAAGGUUUGAGUGGGUGGUUCCAUUAGGUUCAAGCCAUUAGUACUACCCUCUAACACCAUCAUUUCUCCUUCCUUGUUCUCCUUAAAGCUCUCUUUUGCCAUGUAAAGUUAGAUAUAGGUGGCUUAAAACAGAGGAGGGGGGCAAGCAGAGUGGGAGAAGGGGUUGCUGAGCCUUUUCCUUGCCCCUGAUUUGCAAAUCCUGAGUAGACAAUUAGUUGGCAAGGAACAGAUUAAAUGGCCUCUUUCUUUGCUCUUCUGGUUCUCUGCAUUACCUGAUGCAAUGGAUGGUUGCUUUUCAUGACUUAAGAAAGCCUUUUGGUGGAAACAAUCACAGCAUUACACCCAACCAUUUCACCAUACAGUGGUACCUCGCAAGACGAAUGCCCUGCAAGACGAAUUUUUCACAAGACGAAUGCGUCUUGCGAUCUGAUGGUGACGCACAAGACGAAUUCGUUUUGUGAAAAAUUUGUCUUGCGAAUCGCGGUUUCCUAUAGGAAUGUGUUCCUAGGGGCAAAAAAAGAAAUUUCAAUGGGAAACCACAAUUCACAAGAAUUUUUCGCAAAACGAAUUGACUCGCGGAACGAAUUAAAUUCGUCUUGCGAGGCAGCACUGUAAACAGACAGCCAUUUUAUGUGUAACAUGUUUCCUCUCAGGCUUGUCCUCAGAAACUUUCUUUGCUGUACUGCUUUAUGAUUUGCGCUUUGGUCUCAUCUAAACUUAUGGGCUCAAAACUUAAAAGGAGAGAGCUGUUCAAAUGAUAGUACUCUUUUAAAAGAAGACCAACAACAAAAAAAUUCAGCAUGUCAAUUUUGUGGUGUUCUUUCUCUUUAAUUGAAGUUCAAAACCUCAUUGCCUCUGUUGAACUCCUGUGCCAUCUCAGUGUUCUCACUGGAUGUCCUUGCUUUCUGGGUGCUAUAGAUCACAUUCCUACUAUUUUUAUAUUUUAAAAAAAUGACAUUUGUUAUAUGACUUGCAGUCAUGAGAUGGUUCGCAAGUGCCAUUCAUGCUUCAGGUUCUUCUUUUAUAUCAGUUCAUAUUUAACUUGAAUUUUCAUUAGAUUAGCCAUUCAUGAACAGCCAAUUUUUGUUGCAUCUGUUUUCUAGCUGCUUAAUCCUCAAUGUCAUUUUAACACACAGGGCUCAUGGCUUAUACACUUGCCAACACUCAACGAUAUGAAAUAAGUCCUAACUGAUUUGUUCCGUUUUCCAGUUUCACAUAGGAGAGUUUUAUUGCUCUAUGGGGAUUUCUUUCUAACUUCUCCAGUUUCUUUUCUGGGAAAGGUGUGUUCUAAGAGAUAAUCAGUUUAAAAUAAAACAAAACACUCCUAAGCACAGUUUGAAGAAUUAACAAAUCUGCAAGCCAUCAGGCAGUUACUAUAACAGGAACUCUGAGCAUAUCCAGAGCAAAUCUGUGUUCGCCAGUGAUGGGGGUCCUCUUACCCACAGAAGUGAUUAGGCCUGCCAGGCCUCUCCCUAUUUGAGUUGUGGAGUAGUUUGGAGUUUGGCAUAUGAAAUCAGAAGGCAUGGGACAAGCAAUCAGUACCCACAGGGCCAAAGUGAAAAGGUAUAAUCAGGUUCACAUUCUUACUCGGGCGCUCACGAUUCUUCCUUUCCAGUCGCUGGUGUAAUUUGGCACCUUUUCAAUUUGGCGCCCUUUCCCGUCACCCUGCAGUAACAAAAAGAGUGGAAUUACAUUUGGAAAGGAAGCAGGCAUGUGCUUUGUGAGCAGUGCCAGAUUUACAUAUAAGCUAAAACAAGCUAUAGCUUAGGGCCCCACUCUCUUGGGGGCCCCAAAAAAAUUUAAAGGAAAAAAACCCUGGAUGUACUUUGAUAAAAUACAUAUUUUGUUAUGUGCAAAUGGCUUUAGAUACCUGGUAACUCUAUAAUUUUCCAUAUAGCAUAUAUUCAACACAAAAAACAGCAACAAUUUGUUGUUGACAAAGGACAGCUGGGCAUAUAAAGGGCCCCAUUACCUUCAGUAGCUGUUUGUGGGCAUAACUUGAUUUCAAGCCAGGCAACAAAGGAAGAAAUGGGAUUCUUUAUAUGUUGGCAAAUCACCUAAUAGGUGACUGAAAGGGAGGAGGCCCACCCACCUCUCAAAGGGGCCCACAGGGGUUGCAUAGUUUUAGAUUUGCUCAAAUCUAUCCCUGGUAUAAACCAAUGCUUGGAUGAAAAUAUGAAUUAACAAGCAGGACCUGCAGCAAAAUGUUCAGGAUUCUCAAUUCCAUUCCCCCUGAAUUUCCAUUCUCUUCCCCCCCCCCCCGCCCCCAGCACCAGUUAGCAUUUUGUGACCACUGAGCAUGCUCAGUUUUCAUUGGGCCAUUUGCUAAAGGCUAUUUCUACUGCUGAAACCUGAGGUUCCAUAAUCUUUUGCUACCUCCCCUUUGUACAUGCUUAGUGUCAUUUUGGCUUCACUUGGCAAUAUCCAGAUACAAUAAUUACAUUUUCAAUACAAAUCUCCUGGGCUUUGCUUAGAUGUCAGGCUUGUCCUAAUCUGCUCUAUUGCACUGGCUCUACUAUUUUCAUUGUUUUGUUUCAUUUCUCCUGACUUGUGUAGUGUUUGUAAUGUCAUCUGUCAAGAAGGCCUCCUAUCUUGACUUUGUAAACAACAGUUUGUGAUCUUCCAUAUUUUAGAUACCAAGUAGUUAGUAUUUAAUUUGCAGAGUUGCUUACCUGAAAGUUCACUGUGCCAUAGUGGUUAUGUUACUUUGGCUCUGCCCUAUCUGUACACACUGUUGAUAUUAUCCUUAAACAACAACAACAACAACAACAAAAACAACAACAACAGCUGUGAUCACUGGUGGGUGGAGCUGGGCUAACUUAAGGUGGUAUGACAAGCUUUGUAUUUAAAUAAGGAAGGCUGAGAAUUGGUUUGAUUUUGCAAUCCAAAAUGUCCCGUCCCCCCAUUGGGUGGAAUCCAACAUAGUAUCUUGUUCUUCCCGCACAAAGUUUCCUCUUUGUGCAACAGAAUGUUCUCCACUCUCCUUCCACUGUACAUCCCAUAAAUCUGUUCUUGGGGUUCCCCCAGUGAUCUUGAGCAGAUUUGGGGAGGGCAUGGGGGGAAGGGGAGUUCACCCAUUGUACAAGUGGAAAUCCUUGAUCUGAUAGGAUGUUGUAAUUGAAUACAGCCCAAUAAGUUAAAAGAUUAUCCAUAGUUUAUGAAUAAAACCUAAGCACAGUGCUUGUCUUCCAUGCCAGACAUCCUUGUGUAGCCAUCUGCUGCUGCUAUAUUUCUCUCACACACCCUUUGUUCUGCUGGGGCACCUGUCUCUUCAGAAUUGUUGUAGAAUCUCAUUGACUUUAUUCAGGAACAUACCAGUUUUGUAUGCCACCUGUUCUUAAGACAUAGCUUUACUCUCGCUGCUAGAUGUAAUCUUUUACAGAACAAAUCUAUGCAUUUACUCAGAGGUAAGCCCUUUGUAAAGUAGGUCUUACUCUGCAGUUAGUAUUAUUGUUUUAUUAAGGUUGCAAUGUUUUCAUAAACACAAGGUCUCCUAAGACCUGCUAAAUCCCUGCUUCAAUGCCUGCCCUGGUGUUUUUAGGCAUUCAGGACCAUUCCAUAUGCUUUCAGAGUAUAUCCUCCAUAAGCUCCAUUUUGUGAACUGUGGAGAAGCUCAAGUUCUAUACAGUCAUCCUACUAUUUUUGAUUUCCCCACCCCCUUUCCUCCCCUACAACAGGGAUGAAGUCACUAUAAAAAUUCUGGAUUCCUUCUCAUACAUCUGUUGUUCUGUCGUGUACUUUUUCCUACAUCGAGUUCAGAAUUUUGCCAGCUGCCCAGCCUCUGUAUAAUGUGAAAUGGGAAGGGAAAGCAAUUUUUUCUGCUAUUUUCUGUCACAGACAAUGCAGGCUUGUUCUAGGCUUUGCUUAACAAUGCUACUUGGGCUGCCUUCACAGCUGCAUUCUGAUCCAGUGCUCCCUUAUUAUCCAGGCUCUGAUGUGAAAACAGCACAGAAGUGCCAUCGUAAGGAUGGCUAUGAGCACAAAAGGGCUUACAUUUCCAUCUUUAAAAGGUGGGAGUAGGGGGAAAUGUGACAGAUGGGCAUAAGGGCAUGAACCUGAGAAUACAAGUACGAAAGAACAUCCGAUGAAAUGAGCAGGCAACCAUUUUGAAAGGAGCGGAGGGACAAAAAUGAUUCUUAAAACAUCGUGUAGAUUUAGCUUGCACUGCUACUUGGCAUGAAACACUCAGGAUACCGAUAACUGAUUUAAGUUUGUUUGGCAGCUGCUGAUCAUAAGCUCCCUUUUGAUCCCCCCUUUUUUUGCUUACAAAUUAAUUCAGCAGACCUAUAGAAUUUAGAGGCUGACUAGGAUAUUACUACACGAUACAGUGGGGCAUGGGGAAGUGUAGCACAGGUGUAUCCAUGAUGCCCCAGAUUUGUUAUCAAGCAGGGAAAUAACAAAAUAUGCAUCUUGCAAGGAUUCCACCCCCCCAUAACUGCAACAACAGCUGUGGAGGUGGGGGGAUCGGGCAUCUAAAAUAAUCCCUCUUUGGGAAGUGUUGAGUGGGAAGCUUCUACACAUGGUACAUAUUUCCAUUAGAAAUAAAUAGUGAUUUUGUUGUGCUAGAUUAAAAGUGAUAUCUUCUUCCAAAGAGUCCUGGAAAAUAUAGUUAGGUGAAAUUAUGGAGAAUUCUCUGUUAGAGCUAUGUCUAGUCGUCACCUCAGAAGUACAGUUCCCAGGCUUACCUAGGAAGAGCGAAUGACGACUGUCAGACAGGUUGAAAUCUGUAGUGCAGAUAUGGCCUCUAUUUAGGAGUGUCAGUACUUGUGUAUAUAAUGUGGAUAAAGAUAUGUGAAUAGUGUAAAUAAGUGAACUUUGUCCGGUCCAAUACCUUGAGCUCAGUAUGUCUCCAACAGUGAACAUUUGUUGGUUGCAUGAACUCGGAACUGGUUGUGCUCUAUCAGUACUUGCACCAAAGGUGAUGUCUCUCAGAUCCUGUCCAUAAAUCAUGAUACCUAGUAAGGUGUGUUACAGUGGAUUUUUUUAACCUCAGAGGCAUAGCAUGCAGUUGCAUCUGCAGGCAAAAGCUUAAAAGGUUCCCAGCAAUUUGACUAGUGUACACGCUCACAUUUAGCACUAUGUAACCAUACACUGUGCCUGGAGGUGGCACUGCAUGUAUUUUACAUUUUGCUGAUCUUGCAUGGGGUUCUCCUGCUUGACUUCUCUGUGACUCUAGCUUCCUUCAUUUUUCGUAUAAGCAAGUCAACCAAUGUGUUUGUAGAACUAAUGGUUGUGUACGUCUGUUAAGGUGAUGUUUUGAGAGUCUUGCAGCCUUUGUUCAUUGCGGAGCAAGACAAUAGUUCUUUUAUCCCUAAUUGCUAUGGAACAAAGAACACUGCACCCCAAAACUUGACAUUCCCAUAUGACUGGGACUUCAACUUACAUGGCAGUGAUGUUUAGUAUGAUGUCCAUUUAUUCUGUGCCCACUCAUACAUGCUUCAGAAUACUUCGCUGUGGUCUAAUUUCAGACAACAAUUUUUGUCACAUUUCCAAGUUUCUCCCUACACUUCCUGAAAACCCUCCACCUGCUAUCAGGAUUUUUUUUUAAGUCUAUUUAGGCAACUACAAUUUUUUAAAGUGCUUGGAAAUUUAGUAUACAGCAAGCUCGUCUUGAGCCUCUGCUGUGUAUUCUGCAUAAUUCAUUGUGAUAUGGUGGCUCCUUUCUAUGAUAUGUUCUCUGCUCAGCUGUCUUGGUUUGUUUAUGGUGUGAUCCAGAAAACCAAUGGUAUGCCAUUGAUUUCAGCAAGAUACGGAUCUUGCCAAUACUUUCUUAGCCCUUAUGCACGUCACGAUGCCAAAUACUGUUUAAAUCUAGCUAAAUGCUCUUGUUCUAACAUUUGAACCAUGUAAAAUAAAAAAUAAGAAGAACCUUAGUGUGGCUGGGGGGGGCAAUGUUUUGGAAGCAUAGAGAAUUGGAAAUGAAGAGAAAUAAAAAAAAAUCCCCCAACUUGUAUUAAGUUAAAAUAUUUUGGAUAAGAUUGGUUUUAAUCUAGAAGGGAUGUAAAGAACAGACAUAUUUUCAGUUGUGUUGGGGUGUGUGUGUGUCUAUUUUCCUUUGCUGCUCUUAUCACAAGCAAACUCCAGCAAGGUCUUGCUGUAACUCUAAAGCACAACCAGUUUGGGCAUUUUGAAUACCAGUAGCAAAAUAAUAUUUUAAAGAUUACAAAUCCACCUCAGAUUAUUAGAUUUUACAUUUCUUAGUGCAUAGUCCACUUUUAAUAUAGUCCACUUUUAAUAUAGGACUUUUUACAGUAUUAAUGCUAGUGGGAAAUCCCAUAACACUCCUUGAAGAAGUGGUGCAGGGCCUUUUUUGCCCUAGGUUGUGCCAUGUUUUGAGUGAGUGCCCAGUAACAUUUAAACAGACCGAUUCCAAGCAUUUGUUUCAAACUGAUGUUCUUCUCUAGUGGUUCUGUUACAUAAGCAUUACAAGUGAAGAGGAUGCUUUUAAUGGAAAUUGUAAUGAACCUUUUGGGUGUUUGGGGUUUAUAGACAGUAGUAAUUUCACUCUGUCAAUAUUUUCAAAUCAGUUGACCCUAAUGUGCAUUGAAUACGGUUAGCAGAAAAACUCAAGACUACCUUCAGUGUUUGAGUACCCAAUUCAUCAUUUCUAUGUAGUAGCAAUAAUGUUUAUUGCAGAGCAAGGAAAUGAUGGUGGCUGGCAAGUGAAUUUAAGUUUGGUUGCAAUCAAUGGAGCUUGCAGUUUAUGCAUGUUUACUCAGAAGGAAGUACUCCCAAGAUAUGUGCAUAGGAUUGCAGCCUUAAACAUUUUUAACUGUGAUGGUUGACUUUGAAUUCUGGCAAAUAUAUCCUUGUGUUCCUUUCCAAAAUUGGUGUACACUAAAAUUUCUGUUACCUGUAUUCGGUUGUUUAUUUUCCCAGUGAAUCUGAAUUCACUGCAUGUCUCCCAUGUCAGAGUAGGCUUAUGAAAGCAACACUCCCUGUUAUCAAAACUUGUGUUUCCAAACACUGUAGGCUUAUCACAGGCUAUAUGGAUAAGCAAAUUCAGAUUGUAUUUGUUUCUUACCAUCCAUGAGUAAAUUGAAAGUGCACAAUUCAGAUCUGCAGAUAUAAUAGAUUUGGAGGGCAGAUCUGGCCAGCAACUAGCUCUCCCCAAAGCAGUUUUUUUUUUUAAAAAAGAGAGAUUUUAAAAAAUGGCAUUGCUUAUCUCGUCUUUUUAUCCUGUACCUUUUACUAAACACUUUCUAAAUUUUUACAGUAAAAUGUUUCCUCUGCCAGCAGUAAUGGCUUUGAACUUUGUAAUAAUACUUAGCUGCAGAUUUUUGGGCUUACUAGACAUUUAAAAAACUUAAUUCUACUGUAAGCUCUGUGUAUCAAUAACAACAGUGAGCCUUUAAUCAUUGUGAAAACUGUUAAUGUGGUUUUUUUUGUCCCAUGCAAUUGUAUGACUAAAACGCUGCAGCUGAAGAGGUAAAUAAAUACUCGUUAAAAUUUAAGGGCCUUGUUGUCAGUUCAGGUAUGUCUCUUAAAUGUUAAUAUCACUGGAGUUGCACUGAUUUACCCCAUUUACAGAUCUAGCCCUUAAAUGUUGAAGGUAUUUGCUAUACAUUUUUUUCCGUCUUAUGUACAAACAUUUCCAUAAACUUUGUACUUUCCUCUAUUUCAGCAAGUUUGUAUUAUGCACUUGAAAAGCUUUGUCUCAUCUCAUGUAAAAUAAACUGUACAGUCCAUUAAA